UGUCCUGCAGGUGCAGCCUGUGCUGGCACUGUCUCAGUAGUCCUACCUUGAGACUGAAGAAAGUCUUGCCUCAUUGAACAAGUGCCUCUGUCUCUGUCCUUGAAAGGUUGAUGUAUUGUUGGAUGUUUUAGAUAAACCUCUGAACUGAGGAAAUCAGGUUCUGUAUUUCAAACACUGCUAAAAAUAGGCAUCUUUUUCUGCUGUGAGGCAUUGACUGCUAGCUUGUCAAGUUUUUAAGACAGGAAUAGGAAUCGCACAUUUCUUUAAAAACACAAAAACCCUGUUGAAGAUGUUGCUCUGGUUCCAGCUUCAGAGUGAUGAAGCAAAGUCUUCAGCUCUUCAGUGUACAGAUUUCAUAACCAAUAGCUGUCACUGGCCACCCUCUGUUUUCCAUAAGAAAAGAAGCUUUUAUUCAGCUUGUGGAUGUGGGAACUGUAGCAAAAAUGGAAAGUUGGCAUUCUGAACAGUUUCUAAGGGCGAGAUAUUUUUUCUUCUGUCUGCUGCAGUGGCAUAUGGUCCUUGAAAAGGCACCUGCCACAAGUCCAGGUGACCUUGGUUACUGCAGGAAAGCAGAUCACGGAGUGGCAAGUCAGCAUGAUGAAAGAUUAUUGGAAGAUUAGCAUAAUAAAAAAAAAACAAAAAAAAAACAACCUGGAGGCUUUGCUGAGGAGGAUCAGAAUGGGUUUAGGAUGUUUAUAAUUUACACUGCUGCAUUUGUGUUUUUCUACAGCAUGGACACAGAUCUUACCAAAGGGCUUUGUUAGGCCCGUUGAUGUUGUUAUGAAGCAGGUUAAUAAUGCUGAAGGAUAACAGCCAGCUAGCUAAGUCCUUAAGCAUUUUAAAUUAAAGGUCCUUAGCACUAAGGUAUGUGAGAAAUUCUAGUGAGCAAUUUUAGCUUUUUUUUUUUUUUUCUCCUAUAUUUUGAUUACUUCUGUUGCCUCCUUUUCUCCUUCAGCCUGCAGAAGGAAGAAGAGCAAAUGAAGGUAUCUGCAGUGCAGAGGUGGCUGUAGCAGUUUUGCUGCCAGAGGUGGAGCUGCCCUUCAAGUGGAUUUGGGGGUGGGUUGGGCAUCUUUCUCUGGAUUAAGGGUGCACCAGGAGCAUGUGUUAUGGAGAAGCUGUUUCCAAGAUCCUCUGAAGAUGUUUGCAAUGGUACAUGUGCCAACAGGAAUGUUCAUCCUCUCCUAGAGAACUGAUAACCCUGCAGUGGCUGCAGCACAGACUUGUACAAAACCAGCUUCCUCCCUUUUGCUUUCACAAAGUGUGACUGAAUUUCAUCUCUGGGGUUUCUUUCUUACUUCUUUCAAUAAGGACCUGGCUUCCCUUCUGCAGCACAGGCACGUGUGAAUUUCUGUGGUUCCAGCCUGGCUGGUUUGUGUUUGCCAGAGUUGAUUAGACAGAGUAGUGAUUAAGCUCUCCAAAUAAUCCCCCUUCAGUUAAUAAAAUGUUGCUGGAGCUCUGAAAGAGCUGGGGAACAUUGGUUCAGUCAUUCUUUUAUUUUGAGUAAUUUGUGUAGCCUGGACCAUUAUAUUCAGGCAAAUGUCAGUGAUUGCUUGUGAAAAGCAAGCUUGGUCUGUGACUGCAAGGUUGCUUGAGCUGGAGGGAGCUGUUAGGCUGGCAAGUGGACAGGAUAUCAUGUGAUCUUGUAAUCAAAUGAACAGAUGCAGCCAGAGGAAGGCUACAGCUGUUCCUGCAGCUCACAAGCCAAAAGUUAACAUAUACUGUUGUGCAAAAUAGCAGGGCCAAAUUCACUUGUGGGGAGAAAGCUACUCUUGGAAGAUCAAGGAACAGUAAAGCUGAAGUUAAUUGAAAUAUCAGUGUUUCUUAAAUCCCAGAUGUUGUGCUUUUUUAAGUAAAUUGAGGAGGGGAUUGUACAACCAGCAGUGUAUUGUUUUGCAUCAGCAUGUCAGUUGGCUGCUGGUGAAGCAGUAAUGGAUAAAUUGCUUAGUGAUCUUGAGAAUAGUGCAUUGUUCUCAGUGUUUGACAGGCCAUCAAAAUGCCAUUGUAGUGUUUUAUAAACUCCCUUUUUCAUAAGUGGCUCUUGUCUGUUCAGUUUCUUACCAGGCUGCAUGGCUUGCAGCCCUAGGAAGGAGAGAUGGAGCUUUAGAACAAACUGCUUUCAGUACCUGUCCUAUGCUACAUAAGUCUGUAGUCUUUUCAAAACAUGUGAACAGGACACUGCAGACCUCUUCACUGACUAGCUGAGUGUCCUUAGGCAAUGCCUUGUUCUUGCUGACUUAACCACUUGCCAGCUGAAUCUUAGCCCAGGUACAAUAUUUGCUCUUGAAGAGGGAUUAGUUAUUGAAAUCCUGGAUGGACGCAACCUGAGACAAGCUUUCAAAUCCCCUACAAAUUGUCCUCCUUGUUUGUGAGGAGGGCAGUAAUUCCCUCUGGUAGAUGCAAAGAAGCACAGGAUACAGCUGCCUCAGAAAAUUCAUCUUUCUUCAAUAAUUUAGAAGUUCCCAUCACUGUCUGUGGAAGCUCCUGUGCCACUUGGAGCACAGCAAGGUAUUUAAUGUUAUUUUCUGCUGUGUUUGAGUCUACAGCAUGUCUAGUCAGCAACAAAUACUGGUCUGGGCUUGAAAAACCUACUUAAUGAAAAUAGAAAUGCUUACUUGUGUAUGGUCUGUUUCUAAUGUCUGACAUUUUUUUCAGCUUUCCAAGAAGGCAGGUGUUUCCUUUUUCUAUGGUUUGUUAUCUGCAAAUAGGCUCUAGAAACUGUUUUACUCUUGAAGCAGUUUUAAAAUGGGAAAACAAGCUGAGAAAUAGAAUGGGAGCAAAUUGCAAGAACAGUCAUACCCCAUCAGAGCAGGGUCUGUCUAACACAGUGCUCUCAUUCACACAGCUCUGAUGGUGAGGAGUGUAAGGACAGGCUAUGUGUGGCAUCAUCCUUUCCUGAUGCUGCUCUGCUUCAGAAUCUUACAGGGAGGGUUAAGGUUGUUCCUGGAUCCUUUUCCCCUGUGAAUGUCUCUAAUCCCAUGAUUCAAUUCAUAUUGGUGAUUACCAGAGCCACCUUGAAUCCUCUGUUAAUGGGGGAAAUGCUUUACCUUAUUUUAAAUUUGCCAUUUGAUCAUUAACUGGGUGCUAUUUUGUGACUUAGAACAGAAUGAAAAGUUAAUCUCUCUGCUUUGUACCACUUAGAUUUUCUGGAGUUCUCUCUCUGGAUAUCUCUUGUGCCAUUAUGGUCUCCCCGUUCUCUUCUUCCCUUCUUUUUUUCCACUGCUUCUCUUAAUUUCCCCCCAUUCUCUUCCCCCCACCCACCUUUCUCUCCCUCCUUAUUUUUCUCCUCCUGAAGAAUUUUUAUUCCAUAUUUUUUAUUCCAUAUGUUUUGUACCCCUCAGGUGCAAGCUGUUCCCUACCUCUAAGUAUAAUUCUUGCCUUUCUGGGCAGGUGGCUGGACUGUUCUAUCCUUAUGGUGCAUUCUGGUUUGAGCUCAGUGCUGCUCUGCCCAUAAUGGGUUGCACUGAGUUCUGGUUGAGGAAAAUGCAACAGCACAGAUGAUUUCUUAUUUGGGGAUUGGUUUGAUUCCUUAUCAACACAAACCACCUUGGUAGCUUUUAGAGAGCCACCAUUUGGAUGGGAGGGGGUCUGAAACAGCACAGGACUACAGUGCUUUACCUACUGCUUUUAUCUCAUCCACCUAUUUUUCCCAGGCAUCUGGCACAGGACAUUUUGGGACAGAAAAGCUUCAUUCACCCACAGUCACAUCCCUGUCUUUGACCAUGAGCUGCCCUGAGUCUCAAAAGACUGGGACUGGUGGGAAGAAUGCUGAUUCUCCUCAAAAACAAGUUAUCUUCAGAAAAAGCACCCGUGACAAAGCUCUCACCAUCUACCUGGGAAAGCGGGACUUCAUUGACAACAUAGGGAGUGUGGAGCCUGUAGAUGGUGUUGUGUUGGUGGAUCCUGCUAUUAUCAAGGGGAAAAAAGUGUUCGUGUCCCUCACCUGCGUGUUCCGCUACGGCCAGGAAGACAUCGACGUGAUCGGCCUCGCCUUCCGCCGCGACCUGUUCUUCUCCAGGGUCCAGGUGUACCCGCCUGCUGACAGGCCAGAGUCUCUCACCCUCCUGCAGGAAUCUCUGCUAAAGAAGCUGGGGAAAAAUGCUUAUCCCUUUUUCUUUACAUUUCCAGAUUACCUGCCUUGCUCAGUCUGUCUGCAGCCUGCACCCCGUGAUGUUGAUAAGACUUGUGGGGUGGACUUUGAGGUGAAAGCUUUCUCAACAGAAAAUGUGGAAGAGAGAAUUCAUAGGAGGAACUCUGCUCGUCUGCUGAUCCGUAAGGUGCAGUAUGCUCCAGAGAGCCCAGGACCCCAGCCCUGUGCAGAGACCACCUGGCAGUUCUUCAUGUCCAACAAGCCCCUGCACCUGAAAGCCAGCCUCAGUAAAGAGGUAUACUACCAUGGUGAGCCCAUUCCAGUCACUGUCACCAUCAACAACAACACAGAGAAAACAGUGAAGAAGAUCAAAGUCCAGGUGGAGCAGGUGGCCAAUGUGGUGCUGUACUCCAGUGACUUCUACACCAAAGUGGUGGCUGCUGAGGAAGCACAGGAAAAGGUGCAGCCAAACAGUAGCCUGACCAAGACACUGACAGUUCUGCCCUUGCUUGCAAACAACCGGGAGACACGGGAAAUAGCUCUGGAUGGAAAGCUGAAGGAUGAGGACACCAACUUGGCUUCUAGUACCAUCAUUAAGGAUGGAAUAGACAAGACAGUGAUGGGGAUUCUGGUUUCCUACAAGAUCAAAGUGAAGCUCACUGUUCCAGGCAUACUGGGAGACCUCACUUCCAGUGAAGUGGGCACAGAGCUGCCAUUUCGUCUCAUGCACCCCAAACCUGAGGAAAAGAACCCAGCAGUCAAGCAUACAUGCCCUGAGACUUUCCAGACUUCAUCUUGGCUUCUGUCCUGGUCUGGAGAGAUUCCAUCAGGAGUGUCUUUACAAAAGCCAUCCUUUGAGGCAUUUUGGCUGGAGUGGCCUUCUUUGGCACACUUUUGAUGCUGACUUUUCCAGCAGUGUGUGUUGCCCUUGAUUGCAGUGUGUGUUGUGGAUGGGAAAUCUCCAGGUAGUGAGUUAUCCAGUCACUGAAGUGCCCCAGGUUCUUGCUUCUGUAGAACAAGAGAGCUUUGCUCCCUGACCCAAAGCCAUGAGAAGUAAGCCAGUUAAGUGACUAUGCCUUCCUAAAAUAACUGAGAACAAUAAUUGUGAGAACAAUAAAAUCCCUGCAAAUACAGUCUUCUGCUUAUUUUAGGCUGUGCUGAAACAGCUUUCAAGGAAUCCUGCUAGUAAGUAGGAUUUGUUAUAGUGUGGUUAGGAAAGAUCCCACUAAAGAAACGCAAAUGUCAAAAGUCUUGAAAACAUUUGUAGGGCAAGAUGAAAUCUGGAGUGCUGCCCCAAAAGCCUUAACCCAUCUGAUGAGAGAUCCCUGAGGUGUUUCUCUGCUUUGACCUUUAAUUUUAAUAACUUCAUAUUUAUUGAACAAAUCAAUGUCUUCUUAUCUAAGCUGACUUCUUCAGUCACAGUGAUAGAGCAAUUAAAGCUGACAUCAUGUCAUGCAAGCACUGUCAGCUCAGAGUCCAGAUGUGUGCACAGGUGUGCACAGCUGUGACCAUGAGCAAGCGUAGAUGGGAAAAUCUGUCUUUGUUCCUCAGCCCUUCAGAUAGCUUGGGCAUCAUUGCUGGAAUGCUUUUCCAUUUGGGAGAUUGAGACUUGUCUCAUCAGGUAUAGUUAUACACAUUUUGAGACUUUCUGGAAUUCUACUUGUACUGCUGCAAAUCUUGUCACUUCUCUGACUUGUCAAUCCAUACAUUUUUUGCAUUAAACAUUUUGCAAGUGUUUUAGCCAUCUGCUGUUCUGACUACUCUCUUUUCCUCC